UCUCGGAGAUUUAGCUGGGUUAGGGAAACCCGCGGAAGCGGCCUCUCCGGAGCGAUGGGCACCCCACCGCUGGCCUCUGAUGUCUGUGCUGGUGGCGGGAGUGCUGUUUGGUUCUCGAUGAACUUCUGCACUCUAGGUUCUCCUGUCCUGCUUAUUUCUUUUCUCUUUUGGCUGUCACUGGCCACACCUGGCGCUUGGGCCGCGGGUUACGAGACAUGUCCCCCAGUGAAGCCAGGCAUGCUCAACGUGCACCUGUUGCCUCACACACAUGAUGACGUAGGCUGGCUGAAGACAGUGGACCAGUACUAUUAUGGCAUCCUAAAUGAUGUUCAGCAUGCAUCUGUUCAGUACAUCCUGGACUCGGUAAUCGCCUCUCUACUGGAGAAUCCCACCCGUCGCUUCAUCUACGUGGAGAUGGCUUUCUUUUCUCGUUGGUGGAAGGAGCAGACAAACGCAACACAGGAUGUUGUACGGAGACUGGUGCACCAGGGGCGCCUGGAGUUUGUCAAUGGUGGCUGGGUGAUGAAUGAUGAGGCAGCCACCUACUAUGGUGCCAUUGUGGAUCAGAUGACACUUGGGCUACGCUUCCUGCAAGACACAUUCGGUAGCAGUGGGCGUCCCCGUGUGGCCUGGCAUAUUGACCCUUUUGGCCACUCUCGAGAACAGGCCUCUCUGUUUGCCCAGAUGGGUUUUGAUGGCUUCUUCCUUGGGCGCAUUGACUAUCAAGAUAAAGUUGCUCGGGAGGAGAAACUCAAGAUGGAGGAGGUGUGGAGAGGCAGUGCCAGCUUGAAGCCCCCAACUGCUGACCUCUUUACUGGUGUGCUCCCCAAUAAUUACAAUCCUCCAAGGAACCUGUGCUGGGAUGUGCUAUGUGCAGACCAUCCCUUGGUGGAGGAUCCCAAAAGCCCUGAGUUCAAUGCAAAGACUUUGGUCAGUUACUUCCUGCAGCUGGCCUAUUCCCAGCAACAGUAUUACCGAACCAAACAUACUGUGAUGACCAUGGGUUCAGACUUCCAAUAUGAGAAUGCCAACAUGUGGUUCAAAAACAUGGACAAGCUUAUCCGCCUGGUCAACAAGCAGCAGGCAGAGGGGAGCCAGGUCCAUGUUCUCUACUCCACCCCUUCGUGUUACCUCUGGGAGCUGAACAAGGCCAAUCUCACCUGGUCUGUGAAGGAGGAUGACUUCUUUCCUUAUGCUGACGGCCCGCACAUGUUCUGGACCGGCUAUUUUUCUAGCAGGCCGGCCCUCAAACGCUAUGAACGCCUCAGCUACAACUUCCUGCAGGUGUGCAAACAGCUGGAGGCACUGGCUGGUCCUGCAGCCACCACGGGACCCUAUGGCUCAGGAGACAGUGCUCCCCUUAAUGAGGCAAUGGCGGUCCUCCAGCACCACGAUGCGGUCUCUGGCACUGCAAGGCAGAACGUUGCAAAUGACUAUGCUCGUCAGCUGGCAGCAGGCUGGGGACCCUGUGAGGUUCUGGUGAGCAACGCACUGGCGAUGCUCAGCCAUGAAAAACAGAACUUCUCCUUCUGCCGCGAGCUCAACAUCAGCAUCUGCCCAGUCAGCCAGAAGUCAGAGCACUUCCAGGUAACUAUUUACAACCCCCUGGGCCGGAAGGUGCAGCAGAUGAUCCGGCUGCCGGUCAAUGACGGCAUCUUCUUUGUGAAGGAUCCUAAUGGGAAGACGGUGCCCAGUAACGUGGUAAUGCGUCCCAACUCCUACAGUAAGAGGUACCAGUGGGAUCUGCUGUUCCCAGCCUUCGUGCCUGCCCUGGGCUUCAGUAUGUACUCUGUGGCCAAGGUGACUGCCGCUACCUCCCAAGCCUACAGGCUUAGGGCCAGGUCUAAGAAAUCCAGGUCCCAUGUCUUGUUCAUUGAAAAUGAGUAUAUCCGGGCUACAUUUGACUCUGGCACAGGGCUAUUGAUGAAGAUUGAGAACAUGGAACAGUCCCUCUCGCUCCCUGUGAGCCAAGGCUUCUUUUGGUACAAUGCCAGCACUGGUGACGGGAAGAGUUCUCAGGCCUCUGGUGCCUACAUCUUCAGGCCCAACCAUCUGAAACCAAUGCCUGUAAGCCGUUGGGCUCAGGUCCAUCUGGUGAAGACAGCCUUGGUGCAGGAGGUACACCAGAAUUUUUCAGCCUGGUGUUCUCAAGUGGUUCGCCUGUACCCAGGACAGCGUCACUUGGAGCUGGAGUGGAUGGUGGGACCAAUCCCAGUGAAAGAUGGUUGGGGGAAGGAGGUCAUCAGCCGCUUUGAUACCCCGCUGAAAACACAGGGAGAGUUCUACACUGACAGCAAUGGCAGGGAAAUCCUGAAGAGGAGGCGUAAUCAUCGACCCACUUGGAGAUUAAAUCAGACUGAACCCGUGGCUGGAAAUUACUAUCCUGUCAACACGCGAAUCUACAUCUCGGAUGGGCACACACAGCUGACCGUGGUGACCGACCGCUCCCAGGGGGGCAGCAGUCUGCAGGAUGGCUCACUGGAGCUCAUGGUGCACCGAAGACUGUUGUUGGAUGAUGGACGAGGAGUCCAGGAGCCCCUGAUGGAGUUAGGGACCGGAAGUACAGUGCUAGGGCGCCACCUCGUGCUUUUGAGUUCUGUUAGUGAUGCAGCUGCAAGGCACCGUCUGCUGGCGGAGAAGGAGAUCCUGGCCCCGCAGGUGGUGCUGUCUCAGGGAGGUAGCAGUCCAUAUUACUACUGGGCAGCACCAAGGACACAGUUCUCCGCACUUCGCCAGGACCUCCCUCCCCAAGUGCAUCUGCUUACACUGGCCCGCUGGGGACCAAAGAUGCUGCUGCUGCGCUUAGAGCAUCAGUUCACUGCGACAGAAGAUUCAGGCCGAAAACUGAGCUCCCCUGUAACCUUGAACUUGCAGAACCUGUUCCAGGCCUUCACUAUCACCGAGCUGCAGGAGACCACACUGGCAGCCAACCAGCGCCUGUCAGAGGCUUCCAGGCUGAAGUGGAUGACGGACAGUGGUCUCAUCUCCUAUCCUGCUCCUUCCAAGUUGGACCCUACCUCAGUCACACUGCGGCCGAUGGAAAUACGUACCUUUGUGGCCAGGGUUAAAUGGCAAGAAUCCAGCUAGGCCUUUGUAGUCCAUGGUCACCUGCUUUCCACUCAUGUUGACACACCCACACAUCAAAGGGAAGAAAACAACAUUUAAAAAGCAUCGUUUUAAUUAAAAAGAUUUUUGUUUUGUUUUGUGUA